AUGUUGUCGGACCAUUCGGAUAAUAGCGGCAUUACUAUAGACAGUGAAUCCGAUAAAUUUCAACCGGAUCCACCCCCAAGAGAUUCUGAGAAUCCAUUUAAUAUUGCUAUGCAAUCUCCACCAGGAUCCCCUAUAAUAAUAGCGCGACCUGAAGAAAAUGAGAAUCAAAUUUUGGACGCUGAGGCUCCUAUUGAGAUUGCACAAAGCCAAAAAUCGUCAAUGCAUACCAAUGCACCACCACCGUUUGAAACUGACACAGAACAAAUGAUUCUAGUAGAUAAAAUACGAACAAAAUUCCAUAUUUCCAAUGAGCUUCUGCGUGCGGCGCUUGCCGAAAUGUUCUGCACCGGUUUUUUAAUUUUCGGUGGUGAAGCUGUUUCUGCUCAGUUCGUGUUAUCCCAAAGAAAGAUGGAUGAGUGGAUCUGUGUGGCGCUCGGUUGGGCGUUGGCUCUGACUUUCGCCGUUUUGAUGGGAGCCAGAAUUUCGGGCGCCCAUUUGAACCCAGCCGUUUCUUUGUUCCAGCUGACACAAGGAAAAAUCAACGUAGUAAGAUUUUUGGUUUAUGUGGUUGCACAGAAUGUUGGCGCCUUCUUCGGUGCUCUGACUGUCUACGUAUUAUACUUUGACGCAAUCAACGCUUUUGAUGGCGGAAAUCGCACUGUGACGGGACCGACGGCAACGGCUUCCAUCUUUGCAACAUAUCCAGGUCCACAUUUGGGAGUAAUUAAUGGAAUGAUGGAUCAGAUUAUCGGAACAGCAAUUCUGUGCAUUGGAGUUGCUGCAAUUUGCGACCACAAAAACCGAAUUCCACCAUUCCUUCAGCCAGCAUUCAUUGGAGCUCUUCUAGCAUUCAUUGGAAUGUCCCUUUCCUUAAACUCAGGGUAUGCUAUCAACCCAGCACGUGAUUUCGGGCCCCGCCUCUUCACAUUAUUUGCUGGAUAUGGCUGGAGAGUUUUCAGCUAUAGAAGCUAUAAAUGGUUCUGGAUCCCAAUCAUUUGCCCAAUGAUUGGUGGAGUUAUUGGAGCUUGGAUGUAUGAAUUCUUUAUCGGCUACCAAAUUCCGGAAGAUCCAGAAACUACUUAUAUCCAUAAGAUUCUUGACGAGCGUAAUCCAGACGGACAUUUGCGUGAAAUUCACGUCGUCGAGAAAAAGCCCCAAAGCGAAACUUUUUCCGACGACCAUAAUACGACACCGUAUAGGAAUAUGUAA